AUGACACAGUCUCAACAAGUUAUUGAGGAAUUGUAUGAUUGUUACACUAAAACUGCUGCUAAUAUAAUUUCAUAUUACGGAGGAAACGAGAGGAAGGAAAUAUUGAAAGAACUAAGAGAUAUUGUGCAAAACAAUUGCUUUCAAGAUGAUAAGCUAAAGUCUGUGGAAAACACCAAAAAUCGGUUAUUAAAUUUGUAUGAGGAUGAGGGUGCAGAAACUGAUAUUGAUUCUAUUAUUCAAGAAUAUAAGGAUGCCAUAUCUGAGAUUAAUACUGAUGUAUCUAAAGACAAUAAGUUGUUAGAGUUUGAUAAACACGUAGAAGCUCUGUUAGAUAAAGAAGGAAAUGAAGAGGAUGAUACAGAUACAGAAAUACAAUUAACUGGAGGCUACAUAAAUGUAAUUGAUCCAAUCUCUAAAAAGAGAAUUGUAGAUCCUGUGAAAAACAAUCUAUGUGGGCAUACUUAUGACAAUGAAAGUAUUACACAAUUAUUGAAAAUAAAUAAAAAAACCAGGUGUCCUGUCGUAGGUUGUAAGAGUACAGAGUUUGUAAAACUGGAUCACCUUCGUGCAGAUAUUGUAACAAAAGCAUACCUUGAAAAAAAUCCAGUUUAAUAUUUAUUGAGAAGACAUACUAUAAAAUA